UAGCUCGUCGUUCGUCCCGGUCGGAUCCUCGGACAGUUACAACUUUGGACGCCCUGGACUCUGCAGACGACGACCCCGGUAAAGGUCAGCCGUCGUCGUCGGCUUCGCUUCGGCAGACGACCAACCGCACGCGCCUGCGAAGCAUUGAGCGCCUCCUGUCGCGGCAGAAGGAGCAGAAGCGGCGACGGCGGUGCCUGCUGUGGCCUCCGAUCCCGGCGUGGGGGGUGCGUCGUCGAGCAGCGAGGUCCACCACAGUUACCAGCUGCGAUCGCGCAUUCCGCGGCCUCCAAACGCCUCGAUGCUGUUCGCGCGUGAAAAGAAGCGAUCGGUGGCCGCUGAGAACGAAAACAACCAGCGCGUGAGCAGCCGCCUGGGCAAGCUGUGGUGUUCUCUCAGCGUCGCCGACAAGGAGCCUCGCCAGCGCAAGGCCGCCAACAAAAAGAAGUAUCCGGGAUACGUGUACAGUCCCCGUGUGGCCAAGCGGUACAAGAGGCAGGCGCGCAGGACCAAGGUGAUUGCCAGAAAGCUCGUGAAUGGUACUUCCGCGGACGAGCAGCAGCAGCCGAUCAUUUCCGUGGCCGUGGCCCAGGGUCGAGGCUCACCGGAGUUCCAGCGCCAACAACAUCCGCCGCCGCCGCUGUCGCCGCAAAGGAAAGAACAACGGGCAACCAGCGCUGCCCGUGGCAGCAAUUCGGGCGCUGCUCAGGGAAUGCCGCUCCCUAGGCCGUCGGCCACUGUCCCGGCCACUGCGUCGGCUCGCUCGGCUGCGUGGCCCUACAACGUCCAUCGGUUUCCCGGUCCUCUGCCACCGUCAGUGCGAGGGGCCAACAGAGAAAACGCCGUGCCCACCGAUCAGUUAACGGCAGCUCGCGCAUUCAAAGAGCCUGAAACGCCGAAUGCCCUAACAACGCUUGAUAAUCAGCUAUACCCUACGGUCCUAGACGACGAAGGCGACUCGGCCGCGGGCACGUCGCCGUUCGACCAGGGCGCAAUCCGGGAGACCCAGGGCUCUGCAGACGGCGUCCCAGGCCAAGGUCAGCCAUCGUCGUCGGCUGCUGGCUGCACAGCUGCUUAGCACCGCAAGCACGCGCCUGCCAGGCGGUUGGCGUCAGCUGCCAAGGACCGGGUAUCAGCUGCAGAAGAUUGUGCCGUCCUCAUCCGCAUUGUCGCGAUUAGUGCGAGGAUGCAGGAUUGCGCCAAAAGUUCAUAAGUACUUUUUUAUUAAAUAAAAGAAAAAAUGUGAUGCAA